UUGAAACAUUAAACACGGUAGGGGUUAAGCAAAAGAGAAAGCUAUAAAGACAAAAAAAACGCAAAUACAUUCCCCAGAGAAGAGACAACAUAUUGCGAGGGAGAUUUUCUCCCCUCCCUACACAGCAAGGAGCAGGUCCUUCUCAUUUCAACCUUCAGCAUCUUGCACCCCCUGCAUCCUCACAUUCUGCAGUGUUUGAAAUUUCAGCUGUGCCCCAGAGCUAUGCUUUAUUCAGCUUUUGUUACUGUGUAAUAACUGUUUCUGAUGCUUUCUGAUCAGUGAAUCACUCAGCCACUGCUCCUCCUUCAGUCGCUGCUUUUCAUCUACCGUCUGUAACAAACAUUGCAGCUCCAGAGAUUUCAUGCUACUCUUGGCUGGAGAAAGGAUUACUGCAGACUUCAAGAGCUUCUUCAUUUUUGCAUGUUUCCUAAGUGAUGGAAGAAUGUGAAUUCUUUAUAUUGGACUAAAGUGAUAAGAUCACCCUUUUACCUGGAGAUUUAACCUGCUGAAUUUGCUGACAUGGAUAGAAAAGGCAAACAAAAUGACAUUUAAAAUCACUGCUGAGAGGAUUUGAACAUUUAUUAUGUGCUUUUAUGAACAACUCAACUCUAUUGCAGCAAUGCUAGCUUUAAAGGAAGGGCAGAUUGUGCCUACCUGUGACUUGUAUAACUUGAAAAGAGAAGACUGAUUUUAUUGUUUUAUUCAUUUAGCCUUUCUAAAUAAAUGUCAAGAUGCUGCAAAACAAUACAUCCACAGUGUCGAUAGGAUUACUGGACAAUGCUGGAGAGGUGACUUUGGGCAACAGCUCCCGGAAUAGCACUUCUACGGAGUCACCUGGAAUUGCAAUCUUUAUUUCAUUUGUCUAUUCUUUAGUUUGUAUUGUAGGAUUGUGUGGCAACUCUAUGGUGAUUUAUGUCAUCUUGCGUUAUGCCAAAAUGAAGACUGCCACAAACAUCUAUAUUUUAAAUCUGGCCAUUGCCGAUGAACUUCUCAUGCUGAGUGUACCUUUUUUGGUGACAUCUACUCUCCUCCGGCACUGGCCAUUUGGCUCUCUUCUCUGUAGGCUGGUUCUGAGUUUGGAUGCUAUGAACAUGUUUACCAGUGUCUACUGCUUGGCGGUUCUUAGUUUGGACAGGUAUGUGGCAGUAGUCCAUCCCAUAAGUGCUGCUCGCUACAGGCGGCCAAGCGUGGCAAAGAUGGUGAACCUUGGAGUUUGGCUCUUUUCGAUUCUUAUAAUUAUGCCCAUUGUAAUCUUCUCCAGUACAGCGCCUAACAGUGACGGGACAGUGGCUUGCAACGUACAUAUGCCUGAACCUUCACAAAGAUGGGUUGUUGUCUUUGUACUCUAUACAUUUCUGAUGGGCUUCCUCCUGCCUAUGGCUGCCAUCUGUCUCUGCUACAUUCUUAUUAUCACUAAAAUGAGAGUCGUGGCUCUAAAGGCUGGUUGGCAGCAACGACGCAGAUCUGAGCGUAAGCUGACACUUAUGGUAACUGUAGUUGUGACAGUUUUCGUGGUCUGCUGGAUGCCUUUCUAUGUAGUGCAGUUAGUGGGUGUCUUUGCCAGGAGGGGGGACACUACAAUCAGCCAGCUCUCUGUUGCACUUGGUUAUGCCAACAGUUGUGCCAAUCCCUUCCUCUAUGGUGUUCUAUCAGAUAAUUUCAGACGGUCCUUUCAGAAGGUCUUGUGCCUUAGCUGGAUGGAAAAUGCCACAGAAGAACCAGUGGACUACUAUGCCACAGCAUUGAAAAGCAGAGCUUAUAGUGCUGAGGAUCUCCAGAAUGGCAUGUUGACAACAGGCAGCACAUACCGAAAUGGGACCUGCAGCUCCAGGACUCAUUAGAGGAAAUAAACUUACAUCUAAAUGAAGUUAUUGAUUCAUUUACUCUAUGCCUUUCAUGACAAUGAACAUUCAUAGGAAUAACUACUCUAGUGCAAACAGAUGAACUGCAGUUAAGAAGGGACUUAUUUUACUGCAUUUUAUAGUGUUACCAAAAUACCAUUUUGCACUGAUAGUUUACGAUUACAAUCAAUCUAAUAAUAACAUCCGGCUAAUUAAUAAGCCAGUGCAAACAGCAGUAACCCAUAACAACCAAUUCAUAAUUACCUUUAAAACUUUAAAGCAGCCAGAACAACAUAAGGUGAAUUGCAAAGGUUGUUUUGGGUAACUAUACUUUGCCUUAUCCAGCUCUGUUUACUGUUUAAUUUUAGAGCAUUUUCUGUAAUUAUGGUUGUGAUACGGUAUUUAGCAUAAUUUUCAUCCAAGACAAAUUGCAAUAGUACGAAUAAUUUAAUGUUUUAGGCAAGAACAGACGCCUCAAAGGUUAAUAUAUUAACUACACCAAUUUGCUUUGUUUUCAAGGGUGGAAAAACACUUUAGAAUAUAGAAAGUAAAGCUGCUGACAUUACCAGUGAGUGGCGGGUGACCUAGUAAUAUCAGGAUAACGAGAGCAUCAUCUGUAUUCUUGACUUGACAUACACAUAGCAUCUCCAUUAUAGGGUUUUCUUAUGUGCAGCACAAAAUCCUCAUGAAUAUUUAGCAUGUAUAAAAUUGAUUUCUCUGUUAUUUUGCUAGUCUACGAUGGAAUUUGGAUCAUUGUUUUGCUGUAAGCUCAAUUACUGAAUGUUGCAGACAAAUCUUGUUGAUGUUUGCAAAGCUCAUAUGGAUCAGCUGAAGGUUCUAUCCUUCCUCUUAAAACUCCACACAAGAAAAAUGAUCAUUUGUGUAGAAAAAUAAACCCAAGGCCGUUUUCAUAACACACAUAAUUUAGCUGCUGCUAUCUAGAGAUUUAUACAAAGUUUUCGCUGGUGCUUUAGUGAUAGAGCUGAUGCUCUAAUGGGAGAAAUUGUACUUUGUUGUUUGGUCAUAAAAAGGUUAAGUGGUUUGAUGUGCCUCACGCAUUGUGCCCAUCCUAGUCCUUUUUGUUACACCUGUGUUCAUGCUGCUGUAAGAUUACAGAAAGUAUGAGAAAUCCAUAUGCAAACAAAUGAUUUUUCUUGCAAUUACAAAGCUGAAGUAUUGACAUGCUAUCCAUUAUUACACAUAAAUCGAUUUUGCAUACUCAAUUUUGUCUAGAUUCAUUUAUAAAGUUUAAUCUUAGAAUUGCGAUUAUCAUUUUCGAAAUAAUUACGGCAAACGUUUUGCAAGCCGAACAUAGCAAUGUUACA